GGUAUUGCCUUUAAAGUGACUGGUCCUUCCAUUAUGCUUAUAUAUGCAAGAGUUGUAAAGCAGGACUGGGCUGAUGCUAAUGUUUCAAGGCAAAUUGAAGACACUAUACUCUAUGGAUAUUACACUCUAUACUCCAUCAUACUGUUUUGUGUGUUUCUGUGGAUUCCUUUUGUCUAUUUCUACUAUGAGGAGAAGGAGGAAGAUGAUGGCAGCACAUGCUCACAGGUCAAAACAGCUCUCAGAUACACUCUGGGGUUCCUCACAAUUUGUGCAGUUCUUCUGUUAAUUGGUGCUUUUGUUCCUUUGGACAUUCCCUACAAGAAGAAUUCCACAGAGUGGGAGAAAGUGAAGUUACUGUUUGAAGAAUUUGGAAGUAGUCAUGGCUUGACUGCUCUUUCAUUUUCCAUUAGUUCCUUGACCGUGAUCGGAAUGUUGGCAGCCAUCACUUACACAGCUUAUGGUAUGUCAGCUUUGCCUCUGAACUUGAUUAAGGGAACUACCAGUGCAGCAUAUGAACGUUUGGAGAACACAGAAGAUAUUGAAGAAGUGGAACAGCACAUAUCAAGGAUCAAAUCAAAGUGCAGAGAUGGUCGGCCUCUGUCAUCAAGGGAUAGACGGGCUGUACACCAGCUUGAAGAGAGACUAAGGACACUUCGAAGGAGAGAGAGACAUCUGGAAUUUAUUGAAAAAAGCUGGUGGGCCAAGUUCUGUGAAGCUCUGCGACCUCUAAAGAUUGUGUGGGGAGUGUUCUUUGCCAUUGUGGCGUUGCUCUUCACUGUGUCUCUCUUUUUGUCAAAUUUGGACAAGGCUCUACAUUCAGCUGGCUUCGAUUCUGGAUUUAUAAUCUUAGGAACUAAUCUGACCAAUCCGUUGAAUAUGCUUUUACCUGUUCUUCAAACAGUUUUUCCACUUGACUAUAUCCUUAUUACAACUAUUGUUAUGUACUUCAUCUUCACUUCGAUGGCAGGGAUUCGAAAUAUGGGUAUAUGGUUCUUCUGGAUAAGGCUUUAUAAAAUUAGAAGAGGAAAAACUCGACCUCAAGCACUCCUAUUUCUCUGUAUGAUACUUCUAUUGAUAGUUCUUCAUACAAGCUACAUGAUCUACAGUCUUGCCCCUCAAUAUGUCAUGUAUGGAAGCCAAAAAUACUUGGUACAGAGUAAUAAGACAAUUGAUGGCCAGUCAAAAAAUGUGACAACGUUUGUGUCCAAGGACUGUGAUGCAGAUGCACCUGAAGAUCAGUGUAUUGUUACUCGGACAUACCUUUUUCUUCACAAAUUUUGGUUCUUCAGUGCUGUCUAUUACUUUGGAAACUGGGCCUUCAUUGCAGUCUUUUUAAUUGGAUUAAUUGUAUCGUGCUGCAAAGGGAAGAAAUCUGUCAUUGAAGGUGAAGUGGAUGAAGAUGAUUCAGACAUGAGUGAUGAUGAACUGUCUGUUUACUACCAUUGACAGCCUUUGCCUUUAAGGUUAAUGUAAUUUAAAGUGAUGUUGGAAGUCAUAUCCAUGUGGAAUCCAUGUGGAAUUAAUAUCCAAAUGGGUAGCAGUGCACAUCUAAAAAUAGAGGAAAUAAGUACUCAUUAAAGGGGGUCAGAAAACUGAAUACUGUUUUGGGGUAUCACUAUCACAGAAAGUAUUGAAGCUGGGUUUGAUUAAUAUAUAGAAAAUACUGUUUUAUGAUUAAAUGUAUAUGUGUAACUUUCUGAUGUACAGAUAAAUUGUUUGCUGUAAUUUCAUAGUUGAUGUUGCCUUCUGUUAGCUUAAGAUUCUUAAAUAUUUUCAUGCC